AGUUUUGGUUGUGACAACCUGUCAUGUCAACGUGCAUGCUGCUCCUGUUGCUGUUACUCUCUUGGGCGGGCUGUGGUCUCAGUGACUCCCCCCACCAGCCAUGUGAAUAUUCACUAUGAAUGGACCCUACAGUUACCUGCCAGUCAUUUGGACUUGGACUCUGCAGGAUCUGGAACCAAUGCAUGGAGUAAAAACUUUCAACAAACAAAGUCCAGACUGAGAAAUAAUUUCCUGAUGUAUCUGGAAAACUCUGAGCAGAGCAAAGUCUCUGGGGAAAGGGAGCCGUCUACUGAAGUCAUGCUUGCUGAACAAUGCCAGGUUCCCAAAUUAACAGAAGCUGCAGGUUUCACCAGCCCUUCAAAGGGAAGUGCUGAACUUGGCAUAGAGGUGCUUGUGGAAUAUACUGAGAAGACUGUUGUCAGCAGAGAAAUUAACCCUUCUAUUCUUUGUGUGGAACACUGCAACAUGAAUAGAGAUGAGACUGAAUCCUGCACAUACUGCAAUGGACACUCUGAGAACUUUGAGCAAUACUCAGCAAGUGAAGGAUUUUUUGAAUCCGACCAGACCGUUGAUAAGUGUGAGACUUCUGGGUUAAGCCAACCACUCGACGAAUGUGCUCAACACUGUGAGUGUUUUAAACCUUGCAAGUCCUCUGAGCACUGUGCUAAUCAUAGCUUAGCUUCCAAAUGUAGUCCUUGCUGUGAACAUUGUGCGGAACACCUCCAAUUAUUUCAGCAAUGUAAGCCCUCUGAUCAGCAGUUUGACUUUGAGCCGGAUAAAUUGGCAGUGAACUGUGACAGUUUUGCGCAGUGUGAAAUGUCUGAUUUCAUACCUGAGUGCUCAGACGACCUCAGGUUGUUGCAACAAUACAAGCCUUCUGAUCAGCAGUGUGAGUUCUUUGACUCUGAGCCAGACACAUCAACAGAGGACUUUGAGCAAUGUGAAAUGACUGGUUUCACACAUAACAUCUCUGAUUCAGAGGACUUACUGGACUGUGGCACUGAACUUUGUGAGUAUGAUGAAAUUCAGAAUCAAACUGAUGACAGUGAAGACAACUAUCCACCUGAACAAGAGGACGAGCAACAUGAAACAGAGCCUAUUGGUGAAGAGUCCUACAGAUUGUCAGAGGGUGUAAAUUCAUCACAUUUUGGCGCACCUGCUCAUGUUUAUUUUGAUGAUAGUGAAGAUGUCUCCUUUGCAAGUGAAAGCUGUGAGACACCCCAGCUCACUGAAGAAAGCUAUCAGCAAGCUAACAUAUCCACAGAUUACUGUGAAACUGUGUGUGGAACUGAUUACCCUGAAGCAAGCCAAGAGUAUGAACCAACUCAACAAUGUGGUAUUUCAGAGCAGUGCAACUCUGACGAAACGUCAGAGUUUUGCACUGAAGAAGACGGCUCUUCAGACUGCUCUUCUAUUGAAACCAAAUCCUUUAAGACUUGUCCUGAUGACAGUAUUCCUUCAGAUCCCUUCUCUGAUUCAUCUGGGGAAUCUGAAAAAGGAGCUCAGGAAGAUUCAAGUGAUGAGCAGACACAGUGGGAAUCGUUUGAAGAUGAUGAAGAAACAGAGCAAAGCACUAUUAAUGAAAGUCAUGAGGAUAAAAAGAAAACGCCUACUGUUGAUGUUGUCAUUGAGGAUUACUUUGAUUUAUUUGACAGAGCUGACUAUAACGGACACGCAUUUUCACAAAAGCGGCGUUACAUCUCCUGCUUCGAUGGGGGAGAUAUCCAUGACAGCCUGUAUCUUGAAGAAGUUCAUUCAGAGGCACAGAAACUUGCCAACAAUGCCUACAAAUAUAAAGACAUUAAAGAGGAAAUUGACAUACAGGAAACUGAAACAUGUUUUGAUGCCUCUGAAGAAGCCUGUGAAGAUACUGAUGAGGAAGACGCAAGUCCGAGAGAUGAUACCUCCUCUGGGUCCUGUGAGUCAGAGAAACAAUAUGAAGACUGGACUGUAGAGUCACAGUCAAGUUUAGAUGAGGACGAAGUUGAAGAAAAUGAAUCUGAAGCCUAUGCAUUUUAUGCAGAAGAUUGUGAGGAAGCAGAGGAGAAGGAGGAUGCUUUUGAGAGAGAAGCCUGUGAGUUUGUUUCUGAAAUCUGUGAUGAAGAAGAAGCUAAAGUCUGCCUGACGUCUAGUAAUGGGGAGAGUAUGUAUGCGCCAUGUGCAGAUGACAUCUCUGUUGAAGGAGAUGCUUAUGAAGAUAAAGUCUCUGAUACUCUUGGUGGCAAUACCUCUAUGGUUGGUCAUUUACAGACAACUCUUACUGAUUGCAAAAAGGAGGACAAAGAUGAGCCUGAGCCUGAAAACAAAGUAUUUACUGCAUGUUCAGAAAUUGAGCCAUAUUUUUGCCUUGUAGAUCAUGAGGAAAAGGAGUUGUGUGAGCAAAGCGUUGAAGAAUACUAUGCAUAUCAGAUUAAAAGCAUUCAGUCAUCUGUGAAACAAGCCCUGAAUGGAUUUAUUAUGGGAGGAAGAUCGUACGAUCAGAUAAUCCAUGGAAAAGCUAACGGGGAUGCUUGUGGGAAUGAAAGAGAAGAUGCUCUUUUAUCCCCGGAAGAGACUGAGUUACAGGAACAUGCCCAGAGGAGCCCAGAGGAGGGCAAGGCAGUCCGAUUUGGAAUUACUGAAGUUAUUGACCUGAGUGAGAAUUUAACCUGCUGUUCUGCUGUGGAAAAAACAACCAAUGAACAAACUGCGGAAUCAGACGAUGACUGUGGAUUCAGUGAAAUUUCAAGAGAAAUAAAACCUCCUUUAGAUAUUAUUCACAGCGUUGUCCCAGAAAUUGCAAAAAAUGAGAGAAGGGAUUCACACAACCAGGACUCCGAACAAAGCAGGGAUUCAGAAGAGGAGCAGAGUGAUGAUGAAUCCUCUGAGCCUUGUGAAUGCGAGUACUGCAUUCCACCACUAGAGCAGGUUCCAGCCAAACCGUUGCUCCCACGGAUGAAAUCGAAUGAUGCAGGGAAGAUCUGUGUUGUCAUUGAUUUGGAUGAAACACUAGUGCAUAGUUCAUUUAAGCCAGUGAACAAUGCUGAUUUUAUCAUUCCAGUGGAAAUUGAUGGAACAGUUCACCAGGUGUAUGUGUUAAAGAGACCCCACGUUGACGAAUUCCUCAAGAGGAUGGGAGAACUGUUUGAGUGUGUUUUGUUCACCGCAAGCUUAUCCAAGUACGCAGAUCCUGUGUCGGACCUGUUGGACAAAUGGGGGGCCUUUCGGAGCCGUCUCUUCCGGGAGUCAUGCGUCUUCCACAAAGGAAACUACGUAAAAGACCUGAGCCGUUUAGGAAGAGACCUGAACAAAGUCAUCAUCAUUGACAACUCCCCAGCCUCCUACAUCUUCCAUCCCGACAACGCAGUUCCUGUAGCGUCCUGGUUUGACGACAUGUCAGACACUGAGCUCCUCGAUCUUAUCCCCUUCUUUGAGAGACUAAGCAAAGAGGAUAACAUCUAUGAUUUUCUCACGCAGCAGAGGACUUCAAGUUAACAAAGGCAGGAUACUAGGAUGAAAAUAAUCACCAGCAGCUGUCGUCACGGGGCCACGGAGGCUGGUGGGCCACAGGCUCCACGCUGCUUCCAACUACAAGGACCACACUGCAAAAAAUGCCUGUCAUUUAAUCUCGUAUAUUUACAGUAUAUUGCAUAAAAAAGAUGCAAGAAAUCUUCUGGCCGGGUUUGGAAACUAUCGUAUCUAAUCCCAGUGACAGAUUUUCUUUCUUUUUUUGUAAUACUAGAUAAAGACUGAGUAUGAGAUUCAAUGACCUCUGUAGAUAUCUUUUGCAGUGCAGCUAGUGUGUUGUUGUUGAUAUGUGACAUCAGUGAUCUCUGUAAGUGUGCUGUAAACCUAGAUUGUGUGAACAGUUGUUCAGUGUCAUUCUACAAAUGAACCACAUCAAUCAUUUUUAUGUCAGUACAAUGUAGCAUUUGUAAUAGUAUUUGAAGCUCUCACACAGAACAUAACAAGCCAUUGACAACUGUCCCUUAAAGCAACAUUAUGCAAGAAUUGGUAUUUUUUUUCAAUUUGGCAAACAGGUUUGUGGUGGGGGGAGGGGGCAACUCUCCCGGUGCUCUGAGGUCCCGGUCCCGGGCACAGCUAGCUGCACGGCUAACUGAGCUAACUAGCUAAUGAGAGCUACAGUUAGCAGCAGUUAGUGUUAUGAAACUUACAGAGUUAUUUUCUCUAUAAGAUACUAUCCAGUUUCACCAAAAUCAGUUGUAUAGUAAUCAGUGAGGCCCGGAUCCCAGAAACACUCUUUAGUUUUUCCAACCUUUAUUCUUGUUGCAUUUGUGGUCUGAUAAAUAGUAAAUUCAUCCAUAUCAGUGCCCCAUUUGACCAUUUUCCAAGCUACUGCAGCUGUCGUAUUUCAGGGGGACCCGCAUGAGCGUCGAGUAGUUUGGAAAAACAAUAGACACACUGAGAAUACAGAGCAAGCUUCUUGUGGCUGAAGACUAGUUAUGGUGUGUGAUGUAGUGCAGUGUUAAGCUGUUCUCGCCGUACAGUGUAGCUGGUCAACCCAUGUUACAUAGUGCAAGAACAGGGGUUCAGGGCACCAAGUGAGAAUGAAAGACCUUUCUCUCUAUUACCAGUCAGUGUAAUCAAAAUUAUUUUUGAAGCUGCUAAAAUAGUUGCAUAAUGUUGCUUUAAAUCCCAUUAACUUACUUUUUUUUUGCCUAAAAUGGCCAAAUGUGUAUGUAGUAAAAGACAAUCAUUAACUUUAAACAAUGUUGGUUUAAUAACAUGUAAUAUGUGACACAUAUCACUACAAAACACACAUUUUUGAAAAGCUGUGUGUGGAAGGAAUUUGGUUUUAAAAACAUACUAUAUACUUCAGCUUCUGCAUUUAGAUUGAUUACAGAUUAUUUAUAAGGUUUAAUCACUAAAUUCUAAUAAUACUGGAAUCUAAUUAUUAAUGUGUAAUAACCUUUUUAUAUGUUGUUUUAUGCCUAGUUCAGCCACAAACCACCAUCAUCUUGUGAUUCAUUAGUUGUCCUCAUACUUGCAUCCUAACACAUCUUGAAAAGUACAUAUACAGUUACAUCUGGAUCUGGAGCAUUAAGGAAACAGAUCGACUGCACACACCUCGGACCUUUCACACCACUACAGAAAUGGUGAGAUCAUUUUUGUACAUACAGUAUAUCAGGAUUUUAGGCAACUGUUUUGAUUUGGUUUUAAUGUUAUUUUACCUAAUGUUAUUUUACCUUUUAAGUUUUUAGUUGAAUUGGCCACCACAGUGUGCGGCCCAUCAAUAAUGCAAUCCUGUUAAUGUGCGCUGAAGGGGGCUGUAACCUGCUACAGCGACUUAAAUAACUUUGACGUUUGAUUUGAAAGCACACUUUGAUGCCUUCUGUCGGUAAACUUGAAUCCGAGCUGUUUCGUAUAAGACAUUAAUGCAGUCCAAAUGUACUGCCUUAUUGAUCUGUUUAUUCAGUUUCACAGGGGAAACUUGUGCCAGACACGUUCGAGCCCCGGUUGACUUUGUCUCAGUCUGGAGCGAGUGUGUAUAUUUGUAUGUGUGUGUGGGUUUGAGUGUGAUUGCGUCAGUGUGAGUAUUUACAUUGGUUUAAAAUUUAAAAAAAAGAUACUUUGACAAUACGUGAAAAACCAUAACCUGUCUUUAAAUAAUGAUUUAACUUUUUUACUGUAUGCAACAAGAGUAUUAACGUUGUGACUCAAGUAAAGAAACUGGUUCGAGUUUAGUUUUUGGAGUUUUUAAAUUGCUGCUGAUAAAUGUUAAGAUUGAAAAAAAAGAACAACCAGAGAUAUUUUUACCUUGCAUCAAUAAAGCAUGUUUUAUUGAAACAGGU